CUGACAGUCUUUUGACAGUCUUUUGUCACCAGUGUGUGUUGUAACCGGGCGCUACACAAUCACUGUCGUAGGGUGCUGUGCAAAGCUCCCAUUGACAAGACCCUGUCCUGUUAUGCACGUAUUACCCGUCGUCCAUUAUCUUUCUAACCUGCAGGAGACAUGGCGUGCGGGCAAUGGAGGGCCUACCUUGUGGUAUGGGGAGGUUUGAUGGUCCACCUUACUUUGGGCACCGUGUUUUCCUUUGGUAACUUGACACCGUACUUGACGUCAUACUUACGUAACAACACAUCCAGCCUUGACAUUGACUAUGGCGACAGUAUGUGGAUCUACGCAUGUUGCCUCAUGGGGCAAGGAGCAGCCAUCUUUCUUGGGGGGAUCAUCAGCCGGACCCUGGGCUUAAAACUCACCGUGCUACUUGGAUCCUGGUUCAUGAGUGCUGGCGUCAUGCUGACGUUCAUUACGGUGCGGCAUUCCUACAUAGGCGUCAUCUUUACGUACGGCGUCAUGAACGGACUUGGGUGCGGGGUCGCCUACCCACUACCCAUGGGAUGCGCCAUGAAGUGGCUGCCAGAACGGAAGGGUCUGGCAGGUGGUCUAGUGGUGGCGGGGUUCGGGGGAGGAGCGUUCAUCUUUAACCUGGUCCAAACGGCCUUCAUCAACCCAGACAAUCUGUCACCGGAUUUGAAGGUCAAUGGAGAACACUACUUCAGUCAGCCGGAGCUGCUACAGAGGGUACCCUGGGUGUUCGUGCUGACAGGGGGGAUAUACGCCGCCAUGCAGCUGGUGGGCGUCCUCCUCCUAUCUGACCCCCCGACACAGGCGACAUCUGUUAACAAUGUAUCUGAAUCUGAGCUGGACAGCAGCAACAACAUCGUCAUGACCAACAUCACAGUCAACAGUGAUAGUAAUGAUAGAAAUGUCUCGCCUGUGAAUCCCAAAGAAACAAUAAGUGUGGUGGAGAGUCUGCGUCCCCUGCAGGUCCUGAAGACCCGGGCGUUCUACACUCUGUGGUUGUGUUUCCUGUUCAACGGGCAGGGCGUGGUCUUCCUGUCAUCACUCUAUAAGGAUUACGGGCAGACAUUCAUCACUAAUGACGUGUUCCUGGCAGUGUCUGGGGCCUUCGCAUCUGCCUUUAACUUCUCAGGAAGGAUGUUCUGGGGUUUCAUCGCAGACCGGUUUUCAUUUAAGACAGCCAUGAUGUGUAUGUGUACCUCCUUCUCCUGUCUGAUGAUCACAUUCAACGUCACGCCCUUAGGAGGGGAGGCUCUCUACUUCAUAUACGUGUGUCUUCUGUUCGGCACCCUAGCGGGGAACUACUCCCUGUUUUCUGUGGCUGCCGCGAGGUCGUUCGGGGAGAAGUAUUACCCAAUCAACUUUGGUCUCAUUUUUACUUCCCAGACAAUCACAGCACCACUGGGGGCCAUCUUGGCGUCUCAGCUCAAGGCACAGAUUGGCUGGUUUGGCAUGUUCAGCUUGAUUGCCGGGUUUUCCUUCCUAAGUUUGCUUCUCAUCACAACCUUCAAUGUCAAGAACAGUAAAGGACGACCGAUAUAAACAUCCGCGAUGUAGCUCUCGAACAGUCUUCUUAUUUGUAACCAUACCCGAUCCUACCAUAUUCCUUGGACAUGUCAAUCUCUGGUCAUGCGCACGUGCUCAACUUGAUGUCUAUCUCUUCAGUACCACUGGGUCCCUCGGUAGUAUGAUGGACAAUAAUGACAGGUGUGGUGAACCGAGAUGUCUAGUACACCAGCUGGACUAUGAAAUGGCGUUUGACGUUUAUGAUUCAUGACAUGUAAAACACAUGUUUGGCUUGUCAGUAUAUUGACAUGUUUAUUUCAUUUUUAUGUAGGAACAGUCAUAAAUGUAUAAACAAAAAUGUUAAACACUGAUGCAUGUUUUUAUAGAGGAGUUUUAUGAGAGCUGAUUAUACAAUGACUAACAAGCGGUUACAUGGACGGCGGAAAGUAAAGCCUGUCCAGUGUGGAAGAUAUUUGUAUUUUCCUGUAAACAAGACACAUUAUUAUCUCAUCAAUUGACCUGAUACAAUUUAUAUUUUCGGCGCUGGCCACGAAUUGCGAUCAACAGUAUAUUUGACAAGGCAAAAACGUGUUUUGUUAAUAAUAUUUUUGUCAUUGAUCUUAGUCUGAAAACAUAACUGUAGUAACUGUAAAGGAAUAACAAUAGUUAUAGCAACACAUGUUACCACUGAAGUGAAAUAUCGAUAGUAUUUUGUCAUACCAUACUGUUCUACAAGGCUGCUGCUGCAAGACUUGGUAAAUCAUCAGCGUUGCGUGAACGUGUUAUAGUAUUAGUCACACUUCUGUAGCCUGCUACGCCGAAGGUAUUGUACAUCGAGACGAGAAGCGUGUUUGUCGUGUGACAUAAGUUAAUUUGAUAGUCAUAUCAAAAUGUCAUUCAAAUGUCUAAGAGUUCCAUCGUUUUGAUAUACAGGUAUUCCGUGAG